AUGGGCUACCGGGAGAAAGAGCAGGGAAGCGCGGCAACCUUCGAGGGCAGGCAGUAUCAACUAUACGACCUCGGAACGAGCAAACGGUCCACUGUAUAUGCGGAGGUAGAUUAUGAGCCCGCUGAUCACAACACGGAGACGGGCCAGUAA